UCAAGCUGUUUAGAAUAAGCCAGAAAAGACUUUGAAUAUCUGUCUUCACAAUAAAAUUAGUUAUGACUGAGUCAAGCUGUCUGACUGAAAAUUCCUUUCCUCGUCUGAACUGAGGCUAUCGUGAAUGAAGUUGGAGCAACAGAGCAGCCACAAAACAACCAACCUUAGUUUUUGGUAUUUGUGGUGUAAUUAGUGAGUUUAGUUUCGUCCUUCAGGAUGCUUCGAGAGUCGUAUCCCUUCGUGGAGGACAGUUUCAGCCGCUUCCCGUCGCAGAGUAACAUUUACGGGCUGUGUCAAGCCGGGGAGCAGGAGCUGCUAGCGGCCACUCUUAAAGGGAAGGUGGUGUGUUUCAGGUACCAGGAGCUGCAGCACAAAAUCCGACCUGUGGCCAAGGAGGUUCAGUUCACCUACAUACCAGUUGAUGCAGAGAUUGUAUCAAUAGAUGCCUUCAACAAGUCUCCUCCCAAAAGAGGCCUGGUGGUGGGCAUCACAUUCGUAAAGGACUCUGGUGACAAAGCCACACCGUUCCUGAAUAUCUACUGUGACUAUGAGCCCGGCUCAGAGUUCAACCUAGAGUCUAUUGCACAGAGCUGCCUGAAUCUGGAGUUGCAGUUCACACCUUUCCAGCUGUACCACACAGAAGUGCAGUGUGACGAUGGAGGCAGAGAGACGGUAUUUCUGCUCAGCGGUCAUGACCAGAGGAUCCACCUGUACAAGGAGAACGCUUCCCUCCACCAGUUUGAAGAGCAGCCAGUAGAGAGGCUCUUUCCUGAGCUUCAACAACUGCCCAGCAAUGUGCUGUGGUUGGAUGUGUUGAGUAUAGCUGGUGGCCGGCGACUCUCAGCAUUUGGCUGCCAGAACGGCUGCAUUGGACUGGCUCUGGUCAACCAGACAGGACCAGAGGUUUUGCAGAGCUGGAGGUUCCAGUUUGACAGUCCAAUCUCUACAGUGCUGCUGUUCCCCCUGAGCUGCCAAACUGAGCCCAACCAGCCCAGUGGAGCGAAAAGUGUGGAAAUGCAAGGCUACAACCUUCUGGUAACCAGUACUAUAGAGAUGGCAGUUGUUUAUAGAGAUGUCCAGGAGCAAGGCUUGUCCUGCUCGGUGUGCCUCUCAGAGAGUGACCAGUGGGACGCUGUGCUUUGUGCUCUCGUCAUUGACCUGGAUUUUGACGGGCAGAAGGAGGUGCUGUUGGGAACAUAUGGGCAGGAACUUCUUUGUUACAAAUUCCAGCCGGCAGGGAGUGGACAAGAUGGACAGUUUCAGCUGCAGUGGAGGCGAAGCUUUAAGAGCCCUUUGCUGUCCAUCAUCUACUUAGACUUGACUGGGGACGGUUUGAGAGAGCUGGCUGUCCUCACACUAAAGGGACUGCACAUCUUGCAGCACACCCUGACCAGCACUGCUGAUUUGGUUCUUGAGCGGCUCGCCCAGAAGAUGUCUGCACUGACUGCUGGCUCUGAGCUGGAGUCAGCCAAAGCUCAAGACACUGAGGAAAAGGAGGCUUUAGCUAAGAAAGAGGAGUGUACAGCUCAGACACCAUCAAAUUAACAAAGUGGUCUUAUUUACAGGUGUGAUCACACCUGGUGCAUUAAGUUGCGAUGAUGGACGCUGGUUAGAAUCUCAAACAUCUCAUUUGCCAUGUAUAACAGAAACACUGCUUUGUGGGGGAGUCCUGUCAGUAGGUGAGAGUCAAAUAAACUGAUCAACGUGCUUGCACUAAGCUAUAGAGUGAUGUGCUGUAGAUAGUGUACAGUAAGAUACAGAUAAUAAAUGACACAUUUGUUGUUUGUUGGGUAUUAUUGUCUGUGUUGUUACUGCUCUUCCUUUGUGGAGCUGAAGUUGUUAGGUAUUUCCAGAGAUACAGUAAGUGGAACA